UCUUCCAUCUGCGGCGCGGCUCCACGACACAAAGACGCGGCGGCGAGACAUGAGCUGGAGGCGGACGGAGCAUGCGAGCGGCGGCGGCGGCGGACCGACACGACGAGCCUUCUCCACGGACUAGCGUCUGGUGCGCGCAGGGAUACCGCGGAGCUCCGCCGAUGUGCGCAACAGCGGAUUUAAGGCAUCAAAGAGCGCGGAGAGCUGAAAGAAAGCCGCAUCACCGCACAAGUAGGUCCUACUUUUUUUCACCGCUGGUGCUAUUGUGCGCGGUGCUGGUGGAUGGCCGCCUAGGCCGCGCACCAGCGAGCCGUGGACGAGCCGUCGGAGCGCGGCCGAGCUAAGCUAGCAAGGACCGUCGCGGACAACAUGGCUAAAACUCUGCACCUCCUGCAGAAGUCGGCAGACGGCGUGCCGAGCGGUCUCUCCUUGGACGUGAGCCUGGACGUGGAGGCGGGGGAUGGCUUCCCGGAGCGCUCGCUCGUCGGACUGUCGGACAAAAUCCCUCUGGUGAAACCUCACUUCAAGAAGAAGCCGAGGAAAUUAGACGCCGCGUGCCUUCACCGCGCCUUGGAGGAGCCCAUGCUGACCUCCCUGCUGGGCAGCGACAUGGCGGGGGACGGCGUCUUCGUGCCGCGGAGCCAGGCCGGACGCACCCCGGGGAACCUGUGCGCGGCGGCCGCGGCCAAACAGAGCCGCUUAAGCUUGAAAGACUCGCCGCCCGCCGGCGAGGCCGCUGCGCCGGUGGCCGCCGUCUUGAUGGCCGCCGGCGGCGACGUGGAGAUGGCGGAUACUACUGCGGAGCUGGAGGAGGCGGAGCGGCGCGGCGAGCGACCCAAGGCGGGCCUCAUAACUUCAGGGAGCCCGGCGGCGAUAACCGCCAGCAGGGACGUCCCUGCUCCGGCUGCACCGCAGGGUUCUCACCAGGAGGGAGCCAUCAAAGGCAGCGACCCCCAGCCCCCUCCUCUAAAAGACUGCUCCGGCCUCCAGGACCCCCACCCCCUACUCCUGCAAGCCCCCCAGCCCGACAAAGGAGAGCUUUUUCAGGAUAAAAGUGAAGAAGCGUCCCUGGACCUGGUCUUCGAGCUGCUCACCCAGCUGCAGUACCACACCCACCAGGCGGACUCGGUGGACAUUUGCGUGAACUUCCUCCAAGGACAAUGUGUGUACGGCAGCGACUGCGCCUACCACCACACCGUCCUGCCCUACCACUGGCAGAUCCACAGGAGCGACGCUCAGACGUGGCAAAGCGUGGCCGACGAGUCCCAGGAGCAGCUGGAGAGGUUGUACUGCAACCCGGACAACGACAAAGUCAGGCUGAAGUAUCAGGGCUCGGUGUUUUCCCUGGACUUUGGAGCCAUGCGGGUGGGCGACCUGAAGUUUGACCGCGUCCGCCGACUGACCACUCCCCCGAGCCCCUUCCCCGUGCCGGGGACAACCUCAGGCCCCGCCCCCAGCUGUCACACCGUGUGGAAGUACUACUGCAGAGACAACUUUGGCUGGAGGGAAUACUCUGAGCCGGUGGUGAAGCUCAUCGAAAAGGCGACGGUGAGGGGUCUGAAGGAGGUGCGCUUCAUCACGCUCCAGAACCAGUACAUCCUGAACAUCAGGGAGGGCUUCCAGCAGAACGCCAUGUUUGGCUUCAGGCGCCAGAUCAAAAAGCGACCCAUGUUCAUGUCCUCGGUGAUGCUGGCUCCCCUCUUAGAAACCUUGGGCGGUCUGGCUUCGUCGCCGUCGUCCUCCUCGUCCACGUCCACGUCCGCCGUCUCCCUGAUGGACGUGUCGGCGCCACACCCUCUCUCCCCGACCACGACCACGCCCGCGCUCUUUCCUGAGACCUGGUUGCCCAUGGCGAUGAGCCAGGACUUCCUGCAGGUGGCCAUGUCCCGGGACGACCGCAGCUACAGGACCGUGUACAGUCUGUUCCACAAGACCGUGUCCGAGACCAAGUUCAGGAUCAUCAAGAUCCUGCGGGUCCAGAACCCUUUCCUCUGGGAGAAGUACAAGAGGAAGAAGGAGUACAUGUCGCGGCGCAUGUCUGAGAUGGAGCGGCUGCUGAGCGAGCGCCACCUCUUCCACGGCACCUCUGCAGACGUGGUGGAAGGCAUCUGCAAACACAACUUUGACCCGCGUGUGUGUGGCAAACAUGCCACCAUGUUUGGGCAGGGAUCUUACUUCGCACGCAAGGCCGUCUACUCGCACAACUUCUCCAAGCGCUCGCCCAAAGGAGUCCACUGCAUGUUCUUGGCCAAAGUCCUCACUGGCAGGUUCACGGUGGGGAACCCCUCCAUGCGGCGACCGCCCCCCGUCAGCCCCCGAGACGCCUCCAGUGACCUUUAUGACUCGUGUGUGGACAACUGGGUGGACCCUCAGAUCUACGUCAUCUUCAACGAUGACCAGAGCUACCCCUACUUUGUCAUCCACUACGAGGAGGUGCCCAGCACCGUCGCCCUCUGAGCCACGCCCCCUGUGGGCGGAGUUUGACUCCUUCACUUUUGGAACCUCACCCGAGAUCAACAACACCCGGACUCCAAGGGACUGUUUGCAGAACUCGGACGCCACUCGACUGGAAGCAACUGGAGCGUCACUCACUCAGUACUCAGUACCUGUACAUCAGUACUAUAGUACCUGUACAUCAGUACUAUAGUACGUGUACGUUAGUACUAUGGUACGUGUACAUCACUACUAUAGUACCUGUACAUCAGUACUAUAGUACGUGUACG